CAAAGAGUCAAAUCUAUUAUGAGACAAUAAGUGGUGAUCGGUGUUGCUCUGCACCAUCAACCACAACUAGCAGAUGCAUUGUAGAUAUUUGAUAAAAUGCCUAAAAGAGUUUUUGAGUUUAUUGCCGAUGAAAUCUUCAAUGGGUUUUGCAAAGGGAAAAUCAAAUUCGCGCCUCCGUGUCUGCCCGUAGAAGUUAAAAGAUAACUGCCCAGAAGAAAAAAUCGUACCUUCAAAAGCAAAAAUGUUAACGACAUUUGCCUCCCGUACGACGCCUCCUCCGAACCCACGACCUCCCCACCCACCAUCAACUACAACCACAACCGCCGGAAGUUUCAACAGCCUCUUCACCACCACCAGCCGCCGCCACCUCCUUGCUUCCCUCGCCAUCUCGACCACCACUCCCUUCUUAUCCACUCCACUCACCGAAGCUCGCGGCCUCUUCCAAAUGCCCCCUUAUCGACUCAGCAACCGGUACUUUCUGGUUCGGGCGGGGGAAUCUGAAUUCGAGAGCUUGGGGAUAGUGAACACAAACCCGGUUUCGAAGACGUCCAUGGACAAUGGAUUGUCGCUCAAGGGGAAGAAGCAGACUGUCAAAGCGGCUCUGGAAUUGAGGGCAAUAGGGGCUUGUGAGGGCAAUUGUUGGAUUUGGCCUUCCAUUACCCAGCGAGCUUAUCAGGCUGCCGAGAUUAUUGCUUCCGUCAAUGGGGUCAAUCGCAGCCGUAUAGUCCCAGAAUACAGCUUCUUGGAUGCCCGGGGUCUGGGAGCUUAUGAGGGCAAGAACUUAGAAUCCAUCUCUGAAGUAUAUGAAUCAGAUAGUAUUUCUCCAAAUAUCAAGCCACCACCGUUCGAUGAUGGAACGCCAAAUGAGAGUGUAGCAGACGUGUUUGUUCGUGUUACACAACUUAUGUCAAUCCUAGAAACCCAGUACUCCGAGGACACUAUCAUCAUCGUUUCGCCAGACUCAGACAACUUGACAAUCCUGCAAGCUGGUUUAACUGGACUUGAUCUUCGAAGGCACAGUGAACUAUCUUUUGGUCCUGGUGAAGUCAGAUUUAUUGAUGCUAGUAGCAUACCUUCUUACAAGCAGCCUGCAUCUGCUGUAUACAAGUGUUUGAAUCCUCCAAAGUGCAACUGAAACUAUUUAUUUGAAUGUUUAUUUGUCACACCAACAGAACCGGGAUUUCUUGCGGGAUUUUUACUCAUUGUACAUAUAGUUGAUUCGUAUCUAUUUGUCAAUAUAAUUUGAAUUUGGUUGAAAUGUUAGCUUUGUCCAAAUAAAGAUUUGGAUCACUGUCAUAUAUUUGCACUUUGGGCAUUU